AUGCACUGUGUUGAGUUGGUUGCACUUCAUGAAGUUAUGCUUGGAUCACUUCAGAUUGAACAAUUACGGACAGAUUUCGAUGCACGUCUGGCGCAGAAGGAAAGCAGAAUAGCUGGUACUGAAGAAAAUGCUGUACGAUUGCAAGUGACGAAUCUUGUUGAAGAAAUGCGUGAUGGACUUGAAGAGCAAGCGGCCGAG